AUGGAGGAGUCCAAUUCCGGAGAGGAGGUGUCUUUCAACACAGAUGAGGCCAGUGUCUCUGUUAAAGAGUGUAUCGAAGGUAUCAUUGGAGGAAUAGACUACAACCAGAACAAAGUGAACCAAUGGACCGCCAGCAUCGUGGAGCACUCUCUCACCCAGUUGGUCAAACAAGGGAGACCAUUCAAGUUCAUAGUGAACUGUGUCAUCACGCAGAAGAGUGGUGCUGGUCUCCACACCGCCAACUCCUGCUACUGGGACACUGCUACUGAUGGAAACUGCACAGUCAGGUGGGAGAACCGCACCAUGUACUGUGUGGCGAGUGUUUUCACUGUGGCCGUAACCUGUUAA